ACAUUUUGCAUUAUGUGGGUGACGUUAACCAUUGUUGCUGUCUUAAUCUGUUUGAUAUGGAGUUUAACUGGACGACCAAAGGGACUUCCGCCUGGACCUACAUGUUACCCCAUCAUCGGGAAUGUCGGAAUCUUCAAACCAUCAGAAGCUGUGAAAGCUCACAGAAGACUGAGGAAGAUUCAUGGAGACAUCUAUACCAUAAUGAUCUUCCAUAAACCCAUCAUAUUUGUACAUGGAUUCGAGAACAUACGACAAUUACUGGCUAAGCAUGGAGAUGUAUUCUCUGAGCGACCAAGAUCGCUUGCCACGGAUCUUACAGCAGGAAAUGGUGUGGUGUGGUCAUCAGGUCCGUUAUGGAAGGAAACGAGAGCGUUUGCACUGAUGACAUUGCGCAAAUUUGGAUUCGGGAAACGUUGCUUGGAAAGCCAAAUCAUGGAAGAAGUAGACUGUUUCAUGGAGAAAUUGGAAAACUAUGAAAGCGAGGCUUUCGAUAUUCAAAGUGUCCUAAACGCAUCCGUGGCUAACGUUAUUUGUUCGCUUUUAUUUGGUAAAAGGUUUGAUUAUGAAGAUGCAAGAUUCAAGCGUUUAAUUUAUCUACUGUCAAGAUCCUUAAGCAGCGUCACUACAUCAUCACCGGUCUUUAUCUUUCCCUCUUUACGCCAUAUUAGAAUAUUUAACAUCGACUCAAUUGAAGAAGAUUUUAAUGUUAUGAGGGAAUUUAUUAAUGAAACAAUAGAGGAGCACAGAAGACAUUUUGACGAGGACCACAUCAAUGAUUUCAUCGAUGCUUUCCUUUUGGAACAAAAACAAAGAUCAAAUGAAAUCAAUACGACAUUUACAGAUGAAAAUCUGAACCAAACCUUAAGAGACUUCUUUGUCGCAGGAACUGAAUCUACUUCCACAACACUUAAAUGGGCGUUUCUGUACUUGAUUCAUUAUCCACAUUGGCAGAAAAAGCUCCAAAAAGAAAUUGAUGACGUCAUAGGUCAGGGACAACCAAAGAUGGAGCACAAGGAUCUAUUGCCAUUGGUAGAUGCAUUUAUACAGGAAACUCUACGUCUAGCAAAUAUUUCUCCUCUAAAUAUUCCACAUGCAGGCAAAGAAGACAUCACGUACAAAGGGUAUCUCUUUCCUAAAGGUGCCACAGUACUUUUUAAUUUGGAUUCCGUAUUGAUGGAUCCAGAAAUAUUUCCCGAACCUUCAAAGUUUAAAACAGAGCGAUUUUUAGGUGACAGCCGAAGAUGUCAUGGAGGGCUGAAAGAUAAGUUGGUCUCCUUUUCGUUAGGACCUAGAGUUUGUUUAGGAGAGGCACUCGCCAAAAUGGAGCUCUUUCUUUUUUUAACCAGAUUCCUACAGAAGUUUGAGAUUAAACCUGAGGAUCCCAAAUAUAUGCCUUCUCUGGAGGGAAACCUUGGGAUAACUAACACGCCACAAGCUUUUAAGAUGAUACUUCUAAGACGUUGAACUCCGAUAAUCUGUGAAUUUUAGCAUAUAUUUAUGUGACGCAAUCCAAAAAAGUUGACAAAAACUACAGUAAUUUUAUUUUUCUCUCAUUCUAGUAAUUUUGAACAUUUUUCUCCCUGAGAAUUAAUCACCGUUUUGUUCGUGGAUUUCACGGCUUGAUUUAAGGAAUGGAGAGGUGGCAUCGUCAGGUUCCCCGAACCUUCCUCUUUUGUGUUUAUUUCUUGCAGAAUGAAAUAUGUAGAUAACGAAGAGUAAUCAAGCUCAAAAGUUCAUUAAAACAAUACAAAUUUGGAGCAGAGCAAACACAGACCUCUUAAAACACCAGAGGUGGGAUCAGGUGUCGAGGAGAGUAAGCAUCCCCUGUCACACCUGCCUUGUGCUCCUUGUCAUGAUCGGAUAAACGGAAAAAUCCGUAGACAAUUCAGUGAGAAAAUAAUGGUCUAACAAUUUGUAUGAAAAACGACAGUCUAAUGAUAGGUUGUAUUUGUUGUCAAGGUCAUUGUAUCGACCAUAGAAUUUGCGAAAUUUUGACUUCAAACGGGAAUAUGUUUUAAGUAUUUAUUUUAAAUAAAAAUAUUGUUGAUAGAAAACCAAACUUAUGUGCUAUUGAAAUAAACUUACACUAUGCUAUAA